CCCACGGCCACGCCCACCCCUCGUUCCCGCCCCCCCCGAGGGGAGUGGGGCGCGUCCGCCGCCUCCGAUUGGCGGCGGCCGGGGGGGGCGGGGCGCGGCGGGGCGGGGCCGCGGGUGCCGGUGCCGGUACCGGGGCGCAGCGGGCUCGGCAUGGCGGCGGAACGCGAGCGGGAGAAGCGGAUCCUGUGCGUGGGGCUGGUGUGCCUGGACAUCAUCAGCGUGGUGGAGACCUACCCGGCCGAGGACUCGGACACCAGGUGUGUGUCACAGCGGUGGCAGCGCGGGGGGAACGCCUCCAACUCCUGCACGGUGCUGGCGCUGCUGGGAGCCCCCUGCGCCUUCAUGGGCUCGCUGGCCCCCGGCCACGCCGCCGAUUUCAUUGCCGCUGAUUUCCGUCGCCGCGGCGUGGAUGUGUCACACGUGGCCUGGCAGCCCCGCGGCGACGUGCCCUGCGCCUGCUGCGUCGUCAGCGCUGCCAGCGGCUCCCGGACCAUCGUGCUCUACGACACGAACCUGCCCGACGUGACGGCCCACGACUUUGAGCGGGUCGACCUCUCCCAGUACAAGUGGAUCCACUGGGAGGCCCGGAACGCGGCGGAGCAGGCGGCGAUGAUGCGGCGGGUGGAGCGGCACAACCGGGGCCGGGCGGCGGGGGAGCGGGUCCGCACGUCGGUGGAGCUGGAGAAACCGCGGGAGGAGCUGCUGCCGCUGAUGGGCAUGGGUCACGUGGUGUUCAUCAGCAAGGACGUGGCGCGGCACUUCGGGUACCGGUCAGCCCCCGAGGCGCUGCAGGGGCUGCGCGGCCGCGUGCAGCCGGGGGCCACACUGAUCUGCGCCUGGGCUGAGGAAGGGGCUGACGCCGUGGGGCCAGACGGGGAGCUGGUGCACUCGGACGCCUUCCCCCCCGAGACCCUCGUGGACACGCUGGGGGCCGGGGACACCUUCAACGCCGCUGUCAUCUUCGCACUCUCGGCAGGGAAGACCCUGCAGGACGCCAUCACCUUCGGCUGCCGCAUCGCCGGCAGAAAAUGCGGGAUCCAGGGCUUCGAUGGCAUCGUCUGAGAUGGGCACCCCGCGUCCCAAGACCCCCACCCCCGGGGCACCCAGCACCCCCCACCCCGCUGCCAAUAAAGCCUCCGUGCCCCCCACCCCGGGCUGGGCCCGGCGCCCCUCCGCGGCUGGGGGCUGCACUGAACCCCA